AGGCUCUGAGUGAUGAAGAUGAGGGAGGUUGAGUGGUGGAGAAGGGCGGCAACAACAGCCAUGUCUUCCUGGUUUUUCUGGGGUUUGGUCCUCGUCUUCGCUUCCCAAGGAUGCCAUGGGGCUAAGAGCAACAUCUUGUACAUGUACAACAUGUGUGGUCAGAGCAAGAACGUCGGCAUGAAGGAUUCAGGGACCAUAAAGUGGCGGAUCGGAGAUGGUUACCAGGCCAACAUGGACUGUGUCAUGACCCUGACCUCUGCUGACCCCAGGGUUCGCGUGAACCUGCGUAUCGAGAAGAUUGACCUACGAGGGUCCAGUAUCGCCUGUAUGGAUACGCUGACGGCGUACGACGGGCGGGGAGCCACGGGAAGGACGUUGUUUACCGGCUGUGAUGAUGACUACGUUGGAAAGAACAUGGUAUUCUCAAGCAGCGGGAAUGCAGUGUCCCUGCGGCUGUCAUCCACCAUGGGGUUCGGUAACGUUGGUGACGGCUUCAGGAUUGCGUACAACAUGUUCUACGAUGCAUCUACAUCAGGAGGGAAGUGCCAGCCAGGAGAGUUCAGGUGCACCAACAACCGCUGCAUCGACGAGGUUCUGAAGUGUGACUUUGAUGACGACUGUGGGGACAGAAGUGACGAGUCCGACAACAAGGCUGAAGCUGGCUGUGAUUUCACCAAGGUGUUUAAAGGAAUCAUGAAGAUCGGGGUGACUGGACUGGUGCUUGUUGUCCUUGGGAUAGUGCUGGUGUGCUGCUGCUGCUGCGGCGCCGUCUACUUAAUGAAUAAAAGGAGAGGCAACUCUGGACAGACUGUGACCAUCCCCAUGGAGCCUCAACAACCCCCUCCGCAACCAUCCCCCCAACCCUCACCUUACCCCGGAGGUAAACCUGAUCAACCGUACCCCCCUGAUCAGCCAUACCCCCCUCCACAACCUGGAUACCCCCCUCAGCAACCAGGAUACCCCCCACAACCAGGAUACCCCCCUCAACAACCCGGUUACCCCCCUCAACAACCCGGGUACCCCCCUCAACAACCUGGCUACCCUCCUCAGCAACCUGGCUACCCCCCUCAACAGCCUGCCUACCCCCCUCAGCAACCCGGCUACCCCCCUCAGGGGGAACCUGCACCCCCUCCAUAUCACCCCUCCGCCCCACCACCCCCUCAAGACCCAGCGUACCCCCCUCCGCAGUAAGACACAAAAUGUCUUCUCAGCAAUUGCUUUUAAAGUUUUUUGCUCUGAAAAAUAGGUAUGCUAAAAAAUGUACUUAUAGUGUAAGACCAGCAGAUAUACUGUAGUUGCUCAGAUGUGUUGUAGUAUGCUUGAGUAGUGUUUAUAUGUUUUGGUGAAAUUUAUCUUUACAAUGCAUUUCUUCAGCAUUGUCAUGUAAAUGAACACCAAAUGAUUAAGAUUACACAACAGUGCUGGAAAUAUACAUACUUCAAUCUUUUCUGUUACAUGCAAAAUUGUAUGUUUCAAAAUUGUGCAUGCAGUCGACUAUUCUUCGAAAUUUACACAGCAAAAUUAUACAUAGUCACUAGAAGUAUUUUCUACAUGCAAAAUUGCACAUUGAGAAUAUUUAUUCACACAAAUUUUUAAAAUUGUAUUUUGCAGGAUUGCAUUUAUAUUUUGAGCACUUGGGUCAAGAUUGAGGACACUUUUUCACCUUUUGGAAAUGUUUUUAAAACAAAAAAGCAUAUAUGUUUCUGACAGAAGUCAAGUUAUAGCAAGAACCAUAAACAAUAUACACAUAUACAGUUGACUAUGUUGACUACAAAAACCUGGUUUGUUUAUCAGCAUGUUUUAAUUAUCAAUAUCAAUCUAUAACUCUUAUACUAAAAUCACUUUUAGACACGGAAAAUUUCAGAUGCAGAAGAUAAAGGGUGUGUUUGUGAUGUGCAUUUACUAUAAAGGUUAACGAUAUGUAGUAUUCAACUCAUAAACAUUUAAUACGAUAAAUGUGUCUGUCUUGUAAUAUAUGUAGACUAAUACAGUGUAUUAGCUGUAGGAUUCCAUGUCAAGUUGAUCUCAACAUCCGGUUUUUGAAUGAUGGAUUUACUUUUGCGAAUCAUCACAGUUGUUGCAUGUACAAUGUAUGAAUAUGACGUUAAUAGUAAAAAUAUCUUGUUGCAAGAUUUUCACUCAGAUCACAAAGUCAAGCAUUUCUAAAGUUGCUGUCAUCAGAAGAGUUACUGUCUUUAAUAGAUUGCAUUUUACAUGCAGGGUUUGACAUUGGCAUUUGACAUUGGCCCAAUUGCCCAAGGCAAUUGUGAGAUUGCUGAUUGGGAAAUUGCAUUAGUCGUACCGUAGUUGUUCGGUUGUGCCGGUGCAAUUUUUCCAUUGAUUUGAUUUUUCCAUCGACAGAUGUGUGUAUACGUAGAUAUUAGUUAUCAAAACAAAGUGUUUUUUUACUGGAAAAUAAAGUUAUUUCCUUGCCUCAAGUAAAAUUUGGUAGAAAGUUUUUAAUCGAAUCUCAGGCCACUAUAGAUUUUUUACGUACAUGGGAAGGGAUUUUUUAAAAACUUGUCCAAUCCUGUACAUGACUUGUGUGAGGAACAAUAAUUGAAAAUUUACUGAUGUAUCAUGGUAUACUAAUAGUAGUAUUUAAAGGGGCAUUCCACUCCAGAAGGGAGUGUUAUUGUCCAAUAGAUAAUGUAUCAAUGAAUACAUGAUCAGCCUACCUUUUGUGGAAUUCCUCGUGGCGAAUUACACAACGUGUGUUUGUAAAACAAUAUGACACUCACUAAACCCAUGCAGACCCUACCCAUGUAUUCCCUAUACGUGUAGACACUUCCUUUAUCGUGAAUAUUUUCAGCAUAAAUGAGGGGCGCUAAGCACACCAAGAAGGUCAAUUGUUCACAAGAUAUCAAAGAACACAUAUCUAGACGUGUUUUUCUUAGCGCCCCUGAAAUUAGCUUUGUAUCUUAACUUAAGUCAGGCACAUUAUAUUCAGCCAUAGGCUGAGAUUGAUUUAAUUUGAUUAGAGGGUACCUGGGGAGUUUUAUAGAAGACUGAAUGCUUUUUGAUGCGCGUGAGGCUAAUGGGUUCUCUUUCGUAUAAUGGUACAUAGCAUACAUUUGUCACUUCUACAAUUAAUAUCUAUCGGAAAAUAACAGUCCCGUCUGGAGUGGAAUGCCCCUUUAAGAGUACAACUGCCAUGUGAUACAGAAAUAUAUAUACAGUAUAUAUGUGUGAGAAUGAAGUGAUGAUUUGGUGUGCAAACCAGCAAUAUUUUGUGACUCCACUUUGCUGCAAUUCGUUGGUUGAUAUGCAUAUUCAUCAUGUUUAUAUUGUGCGAUCUUCUGUAUUUUCUUUUCAAUUUAAAAUCUAUUCUAACCUUUUUAGAAUUUUUUGGGUAGAUGAUUAUUUAAAGAAUAUAGCUGUUCAAAGUAGUGGAUGUGAAUUCAUUGAAGUAAUAACCGAGUACUUCUUAUGCGAGAACAAUUUUACCUGCACUGUUUGCCUCAAGUUUCAUGUUGCAUGCCUCUCUAAGCCUAGACACUGCAUGAUGUAACGCUGGUUUACCUUUAUUCGUGGGGUAACCUAUAUCCGUUGUUUGUAAAAGGGUAUCUAGGAUAUGAGUCAACUGAUAUCGACUGCAAACUGCAACAUUUUUUAAAUAUUUCAAAAUAAAGCACAGUCCCUCGACUUUGUAUACCUAAAUACCCUGUCUUUUAAAUCAACGGAUAUAGGUCACCCCACGGAUAAAGGUGAACAAGCGUAAAUAAGCAUGUCCCUUUGACUGGACUAGUAUGUGGUAUCAAAGUAAGAAUGUUGGAUUUAGCCUUUACCUUGUAGCGGUGUGAAUGGAAAAACUACAUCAUACUCAGUAUUUAUGAAUGUUAAAGUGUUAAAUAUUCAAUCAUGGAUUGUUCAAAUUCAAUGAUGUGUUAAGAUUAGAAUCUUACAGCAUGCGAAUACAUGUAGGUGAUAGUAUAGUAUGUUCAGAAACUGUAGUUAAAUUAUACUUGAACUUGAUAUACUCAAGUUGUUGAUAUGUGUAUGUAAAGUUAUGGAAGACAUUACAAAAAAACUUUGUACGUUUGUUGUACCAGUAUAAACUUCUCUUACUUUGUAAUGUUGAAUUUAUCACUGUUUUGUAAACACUGUCUUUUGUACAAUACAAUUGUGU